AUGCCAGGAUAUCAGUCGACAUCAAGUGCAGCAUUGUUUUCAGACAAUGCUCAAAACACAAAUCCAUCCUUGCAAGGAUCAGCGCAAGGGGGCAACGUUAGGAGUAAUACUCAGAACAGAACCAUACCGCUGUCGAACACUUCAAUAUCGGUGUUGAAGAAGAAAAUGGAUGAUAGUAACCAUGAGUUGGUUAAUAUGUUAACCAAUCAAAUGGGUACAAUUUUUAAUCCAGUGAUACACGAAUCUGCUGAAACAAAUAGGCAGGUGGCGAAUCAGUUGACGCGCUUGUGUAAUUUUCUGGGGGCACCAGUUCGACAGAUGGCACAAGUGGUUAGGCAAACCGUUCCUGUUCAGAUGGUGAUAGGGGCAGCAGAAGAUGAGACAGUCCAUGAGGGACAAAUCCUUAGACCCCAACAAAAUCAAGGCGUUGAAUCAGGAGUCGCAGGACGUAACCAGAUGGUAUUGGUUAACCGACACCAGCAUGCUGAUCAAAUUGUCGAUCAACAUCGACAAGAAGACGUAACAGUAGAAAAUAAUUUGACAACUAUUGUCGAAAGGAUUAUGGCUAGAAAUGGUAUGGGUGCCACAUUGCAAAGGCCAUUAUACGCCUCGUCGUUGGCUGAAUUUAUUCUCCAAACGGAGGCACCUAGGGGAAUGAAAGUGCCCAAGUACACUGAGUUUGGGGGAGAAUCUAGUGAAUCGACAAUAGAGCAUGUUGCCAGAUAUCUAACGGAGUCAGGAGAUUUAGCUCAUAAUGAGUGUUUGAGAGUAAAGAACUUUCCCUCCUCUCUGACUAAGGCUGCCUUCACAUGGAAGAAAAUAGACCCAACUUUUUUGAAAAGUAUGGCACAAUUGGUUGAUAGAGUUCGACAUCUCGAACGGCUAAGGUUAGAAAAAGUUAGACACAAUAAGGCUAAGAAAGAAAAAGUAGCGUUUGUCGACUACGAUAUGACAAAUCCAAUAUAUGAGGUUGAUUAUGCUUCAUUGUCCGAAUUAGAAAUUGACAUGGCUGAGUUAAAGCCAGGAUCUGCCUACGUGUGUCGAUCAUUACUUCUUGCGCAAGGAAAAAAUCCUGUCGAAAAGAAUCCAAAAUUCCUUUCGAAAACUUAUACUUUUGAUGUGACAAAGGAUCUGGUUCAGAAAGCGAUUCAAGAAGGAAGGCUGAAAUUUGCUGGCCGCAGAAUGAAGAUCGACGCUGACCCUCUCCACCAGGAGGAAGCUCUAUUCGUGGAGCCAAUCGAGAUUAACAUGGUCUAG